AUGGAAGAUUUCAGGAUUGAGAGUGUGCUGGUGACAGGAAGUGACCGAGGAAUUGGCCUGGGUUUGGUGCUGGAGUUUAUGAAAUUGCCACAUCCUCCUCAGCUUAUCUUUGCAACCUGCAGGAACCUUGAGAGCCCUGAAGGAAAGGUGAGGAGGAAACAGACUGAAACAGAAAUCGUACCAGCAUUCACCAAGCUUGGUGCGAUUCUGACACUUUUCAGUAAAAAUGUCACAGAUCCUCAGAGCAUCAAAGCAGCUGCUGAGGAAGUACAAAGGUACCUCACAGGACGUGGACUCGCCUUGCUGAUAAACAAUGCCGGCAUUGCUUACAAAACCACCCUGGCCUCAGAGACAGCUCAGACCAUGGCAGCUGUGUAUACCACCAACACCCUAGGGCCUAUGAGAGUCAGCCAGACAUUCCUGCCUUUGCUGAAAAGGGCUGCCCCGAAAUUCACCUGCCUGGGAAAGAGCUGCUUUAAGGCAGCUAUUGUUAAUGUGUCCAGCAGCUUUGGUUCCCUGGCUGCCGUCGAUGAGUGGAAAUGGUGCCAAGAUGUUGGUUAUCGCUGCAGCAAGGCUGCUUUAAACAUGCUCACCAAGUGUCAAUCCCUGGUAUAUUACCCCUUUGAGAUCGUGUGUGUUUCACUCCAUCCAGGAGGUGUGCAAACUGGUUUGGGAGCAGAGAAGGGAGGUAACUGA